AUGCCUCGAAUGAAGAUACGAGAGACCGCACGAGCCAGCCGAAUUCCACUGCUCCGAUCUUUGUCAGGAUCGCUGCUGAUUGGGUCGCGACGACGCUCGAAAUCGCGCUCCUCGGAGUAUCGAACCUCUGAUCAGGACACUGCACCACCAGUGCCCUCCAUUCCCUCUACGGCUCGCACAAACGACACCACACCUCACACAGUCGAAGCACCCACACCCGUCACCUCAGUCAACCCCUCGAUCGCCAUCACCGACGUUGACGAGCCGUCCACUCACUCCCGCCCGCCUUCCGCCUCGCCCGAUCAUGACAGCCAUGUGCAUACCCAGCCGUCGAUAGCAGCACCGGUCAUGCCGCGCAAGGUAUGGGUGAAGCGCCCGAACGCCUCUGCUACACGUGUCGAGGUCAACAGCGACGAUCUAGUCGACAACCUGCGCGAUGUCAUACUGCUAAAAUAUGCGAAUUCGCUAGGCAGGACGAUUGAUUCACCUGACAUAAUUUUGAAACUUGUCACUCGCGAUCAGCUACACACAAACAACAAUGCAGGCCAUGAGAGAGCACUCGGUCCGGAAGAGCCGGUGGGCCGUACCUUGGACGACAAUUACCCUGGUGGACAGGGCAUUGACGAUGCACUGAUUAUCGAACUAUCUAAGAACAGAUCAACGCCUAAACCCUCUCCGCGGCCUGGCAACCAUCAGAUGUCGUAUAAUGGAGGCUACUUCAUGCCAGUGCAGUACCGACCUGACGAAGGGGCGCCAGACUAUUUCGGUCCUGUGCAGAUGCAGUCACCACAAAUGGUACAGACACAAAAUGGGCCCAUACCGUCGAUGGCCAUACUCGCAGCUGGACAACAGCAACCAUUGCCAAGCCCCGGUGGCGAACCCAAGAACCAGCUCAACGGUCAGCCAGCCCAGCCAAUUCCCACUCCACCUGCCCCGACCUCCGAUCAACACAAACCAUCGAUCACACCGCCCAACCGGGUAGGCUCGCCACGGCCAGGUCAAAGACCUAAGAAGAAGAAAUCAUCUGGUCCACGUGCGUCAGCAGGUGCGAUCAACGGAGAGACGCCAAAGCCAGCAUCAGCUUCGUUACUCGACGGCACGGUACCGCCCAUCAAUGUGCUUAUUGUAGAAGACAACGUCAUCAAUCUACGACUCUUGGAAGCAUUCAUGAAGCGCCUGAAAGUCAGAUGGACAAGUGCGCAGGACGGAGGCGAAGCAGUCAAGACAUGGCGGAAGGGAGGCUUUCACUUGGUGCUUAUGGACAUCCAGCUACCUGUCAUGAGCGGUCUCGAGGCCACGAAGGAGAUUCGGCGGCUGGAGGGCGUCAACGGCAUCGGAGUGUUUGGAGGCAAGGCGAAUGCUGUCAACGGCACGGAGCGACCGCCUAUCCCAAAGGAGGACGAUCUGGGUGACAAGAACGACUUCAAAAGUCCGGUCAUCAUCGUGGCUCUGACGGCGAGCAGCUUGCAGAGUGAUCGUCAUGAGGCGCUGGCGGCGGGUUGCAACGAUUUCUUGACAAAGGUACGACGCCAUUUGAAUCGCCCUAUACGCGAAAUCUCCCCUGCCGGUCUCAAUGGAGCUAACAUGUCUUUCUUCCCGCAGCCCGUGAACUUCGUCUGGAUGGAGCGCAAAGUCACCGAAUGGGGCUGCAUGCAGGCCCUCAUCGACUACGACGGCUGGCGAAAAUGGAAAGAGUACGCCUCAGCGAAAGCAGCUGCUGAAGAUCCCGUUGAGCGGGAAAAGCGCGAAAAGGAAGAAAAACGAAAGCAGAAAGAGCAGCUCAAGGCGAUGUUCUUGAAAGGUCCACCAGGCUCGAAGAAGGAUGACAAAAAGGAAGAAAAGAAGCCUACUGCUACAACUAAUGGCGAUGACAAGGUUGAGGAUGGGUCGAAGCUGACGACGCCGAAAGAGGCGAAAGAUCAGACGAGUAAGGAGGUGGCGAGGAAGAGGCAGGGAAAGAGAGGGAGUUCGGGGAGUGUGAUGAGUCAGGGGAAGAGUGGGCAGGGUGAGGCGCUGGAUGUGGUUGGGGAGGAGGAUGAGGGUAUGUCGAGGUGA